UCACCAGCAUUAAGACUGAUCUUCUUCUUUCUACCUAUCCUUUAGCAGAAGAAGGUCAAUUCCACUUUCCUUACCUCUCUUAGGGAGUCGCACGAAGCGUGGGACUUUUCACCUAGCAGGGAAGAUACUUCUCUUUCUUUAUAUCAUCAUUAUAUCCUUGACUUUCCCAGCGCUCAUCAUGUAUCAAUACUUCUUUCUUACUGCCCUCGUCCUAUGGGCAACCGGGACCCUUGCCGGGUACAACCCCGGCGCCUCGGACAAUAUCGCCAUAUACUGGGGACAGAACUCUGCCGGCGCUGUCAAUGCCGGACAGUCCCAACAAUCUCUAUCAGAGUAUUGCUCCAACACCGAAAUCGACAUUAUUCCCAUUGCCUUCCUAUCCAACUUCAACCCAAUAGAAUUGGACUUGACAAACAUGGACGAUGACAAGAACAUGGGGGAGGAAAUUGCUGCUUGCCAGAAGGCCGGCAAGACCGUCCUGCUAUCCAUCGGUGGUUCCAUGUUCAACUCAGGACCCUCUGACCCCCAAGCAGCAGCGGAUCAAGUCUGGAGCAUGUUCGGUCCAGGCAGUGGGAACAACCGACCCUUCGGCAACACUGUUGUUGACGGCUUCGACCUGGAUAUAGAAGCGCCGAUCCAGAACAUCGCGCCCUUCGCCGCUCGUCUCCGCCAGAACAUUGAUAACGCCAACAACGCCGGUGGUGGCCAGAAGUUCUACCUGUCUGCGGCUCCACAAUGCCCAUGGCCCGACCAGAACAACGACGCUAUGCUACAGGGGAACUCGGCCGUGGCUUUCGACUUCAUCAUGGUGCAGUUCUACAACAACGCCAAGUGCGACAUCCGCGUGUUCGACGGUUCGGGCGGGACUUCGUCCCCUGCACAGGCCGGGUUCAACAUGGACCAGUGGGACCAAUGGGCGCAUUCAAGCAAGAACCCGAACGCUAAGGUGUUCCUAGGCAUUCCGGGUGGGCCGUCUGCUGUUACUUCCUCCGAGAAGGCAUCGUACAAGGCUCCCGAUCAAUUGGGUCCUAUCAUCGCAUACAGCAAGAAGUUUGCUAGCUUUGGUGGCGUUAUGAUCUGGGACAUGUCUCAAGUCUGGGCGAAUCCCGGCUUCCUCGAUGCCAUCUCGAACGAUGUUAAGUGCCCCCCGGCCCAGAACGCGGCGCGCCGAUCAAGCGAUGCCGCGGUGCGCAGGGUGCACCAGCGGGAGUGGAAGUUGUAGGAUCGAUCUAGUUGGAGGAAUAGUUUUUGAUAUCCCAUUUUUGGUUAACUAUGAGGGUUAGGAUUUACUAAUCCAAGAGGGUUAACGCGAGGUGAUUCGAGUCAUCAAGCGAGAACCUCAUGGAUUAAAUGCUUUCGAUGCCGAUAAUACCCUUUUAAUUAUUUUUACAUACACGCAUAUACGGUACGGGGCGGAGCGAGAAAAAGGGGAAAAGAAAAAGCAUCAUUCUAGCACUGGCUAGCUAGUUGGCAUGUCAGCUGGCUGGCUAUGCGGAUGAUGGAUUGGCAUAACUCGGAAGCAAUAACUUUCAUAGAUACCCAAAUUCGCUGACUAGAUUAUUAAGGGCGGAUUAUAUCAUUUUUCAUUAUAUAGGUAAUCAUUUAUAUUGUUUAUAAAUUAGUUGGAUUCGGAUUGCUGUUGUUCGUGAUGAUGAUGUUUUGGGAAAGA